AACUUUAUAAUUAUUAAAAUUUAAAGUGUCUACACUUAAGAAUUUCAAAUGCAGUUAAAAUAUUUAAGAACUUUGUUAGACGGGCAGGAACAACUCAAUCGCAUUGCUGGUCUAGCCUGGUCACCGAAUCAUCAAAAACUGGCCGUCGCCACCGCCGAUCGGCAUAUUCUGCUAUACGAUGAUGCUGGCGAACGUCGUGAUAAAUUCUCAACAAAACCGUCUAAUCCAGCCAAUGGAAAAAACUCUUACGUCAUUCGCGGUCUUGCCUUCAGUCCGGAUUCCACUAAAUUGGCCGUGGGACAAAGUGAUAAUAUCGUAUAUGUAUACAAAUUGGGGGAGUCAUGGACUGACAAAAAAGUUAUAUGCAACAAAUUUCCACAAACAAAUGCAGUUACAGCUUUAAUUUGGUUGUCGACCGGUGUUAUUAUUGCAGGACUUGACGAUGGCAAGGUGCGUGCGUUACAUUGCAAGAGCAACAAAUCUCAAAGUUUAUACUCUGCAGAGAGCAUUUGCAUUGCCUUGGCUUCAAAUACCAAAGGCACGGGCUUUCUUUCUGGCCACAAUGAUGGCACAAUUAUACGGUACUUCGUUAAUGAUGAUGCAAACGAAUCUUCGGGUCGUCUAGUACAGCAUCCCGUACCGCCUUUUGCUUUAGCUUGGCCGCAAGGCGGUUUUUGCGCAGGCGGCUGUGAUCAGAAAGUAGUUUUCUACGAUACCUUGGGGCGUUCAGUACGCACAUUCGAUUAUUCACGAAAUGAUCGAGAGAUCACUGUUGCUGCCGCUAGCCCAAACGGUCAAGCUGUGGCAUUUGGCAGCUACGACAAAGUACGCAUUUUCACAUGGAGUCCACGUUUGUCCGAUUGGAAUGAAAGUGCAACCAAAGAUAUUACUCACUUCUACACAGUCACAUGCGUACAAUGGCGUCGCGAUGGCGCACGCUUGGCAAUCGCUUCUGUAACGGGUGCAGUUAUUCUAUUUGAGUCAGUAUUGAAACGCACUAUAUGGCAAGACAAAUUUGAGCUGAUUUUUGUGGCACCCAGCCAAUUGUUGGUGAAAUCAUUACAAGAGCCGGCAGAGCAGAUGACAAUCGAAUCGCAGCUCGGACUUGAGAUUGACGAUGUACGCAUUAUGGGUAAAGAUAAUUAUCUGGUUGCGCGCACAGAGGAUUCUAUGAUUUUAUGUGACCUGACACGCAACCUGGUAAGCGAAGUGCCUUGGACUACAUCGGGACGCCACGAACGGUUCUAUUUUGAAAAUCCGAAUGUGUGCUUGAUUUUCAAUGUGGGUGAACUUAGUCUAGUGGAGUAUGGCGAUAGUACGAUCUUAGGUUCGGUACGAACGGAGUUCGUAAAUCCUCAUGUUAUAUCAGUGCGUCUCAAUGAACGUGGAAAUACGAAAAACAAUAAAAAACUCGCAUUCUUGCUCGACGCCAAAACCAUUUGCAUUGUGGACCUAAUAAGCCAGCUCAUUAUUGGUCAAGUUAAUCACGAAACCAAGAUCGACUGGAUCGAAUUGAGUGAAACUGCGCAUAAAUUAUUGUUUCGUGAUAAGAAACUCAGAUUGGUGUUAAUCGACAUAUUCACUGUUAAGAAGCAAACUCUUCUCUCCAACAUUUCGUUCGUGCAAUGGGUGCCACAAAGCGAUGUAGUCGUAGCACAAAACAAUAACAACUUAGCUGUAUGGUAUAAUAUUGAUCUACCCGAGCACGUAACGCUAAUGGCCAUUCGGGGUGAUGUAAUGGAAGUGACACGUGACUCAGGUCGUACUGUGGUACGUUCUCAAGAAGGACCAACUGAGCACACAUAUCAGCUGGACGAAGGCCUAGUUGAGUUCGGCACUGCAGUGAAUGACAGCGACUUUGGGCGCGCAAUAUUCUUUCUAGAGACGCUUGGGGAUAAGCCCGCCGCAAAGGCUAUGUGGCACAAUUUGGCAGCAAUUUCUAUUGAGGAUGGCAAUCUCCGCGUGGCCCAACGUUGCUAUGCAGCCUUGGGCAUUGUUUCCAAAGCAUAUUAUUUGAAUGAAAUGAUUAAAGAAGCAGACAAAUUUGAAGAGUCCACAGGCACACCCGGUAUUAUGUGCCCAGAGGUACGUGCUAAACUUGCGUUGCUAAGCUCUGAUCUACGCACAGCGGAACGUAUUUACCUGGAACAAGGUGACAUCUAUGCAGCGCUGGAAAUGUACAAGAAACUUCGCAUGUGGGACGAAGCGGUUAAUUUAGCAGAGAGACGUGGCUACGGUGGUCUACAACAACUAAAGGAACAGCAAAUGGAGUUUCUUUUAUCAACUGGGCAAGAAGAAAAAGCCGGCCAAGUGCUGGAAGAGCAGGGAGAAGCUGAAAAGGCUUUAAAUCUAUACUUAAAGGCCAAUAAACCAGCACGAGCGGCAAGACUGGCCAUGAAAACACCUCAUCUAAUGGACGAUCAGCAACUCAUGUUGAAAAUUACUGAAGGGUUAAUAAAUUGUGAACUGUAUGAGAUGGCAGGUGAUAUUACUUUCAAACUAUCCCGUCCAGAGGUAGCGCUAGGUUUGUACCGCAAGGGUGGCGCUUAUGCGCGUGCCCUCGACUUGGCGCGUGAAGUUGCACCAGACGAGGUCACAAGUUUAGAAGAAGAAUGGGGUGACUGGUUGGUUGCGCGCAAGCAGUUAGAUGCAUCGAUAAAUCAUUACAUAGAAUCAGGCGCCACACAGAAGGCACUAGAAGCUGCAGUUGGCGCCAAACAAUGGCGCAAAGCAGUGCAAAUAGCAAAGGUGCUCGAUGAACCAGCAGAAAUUCAACGCUAUGCCCUAGACCUGUCUAAGCAUUUGGCCUUUGCUGGAGAUGUUGAUGGUGCCGAAGACUUGCUCGUGCGCGCCAACAUGUUCAAAGAAGCUAUCGAGUUGCUCAAUCGGCAUGGCAAGUGGGAAAGGGCUUACACGAUUGGGGAGAAAUAUCUACAGGCUGAAGAAAUGCGAGAUUUGUUUGUCAAUUUGGCAGAGAGCUUAGAAGAGCAAGGAAAGUAUCGCGAUGCAGAAAAAGUGUUGUUGGCUGUAUCCGAGCCAGAUCUGGCGAUCGCAAUGUACAAACGACGUGAACUAUAUGAUUCUAUGAUACGUCUGGUCGAACGAUUUCACAAGGAACUGCUUGAUACAACUCAUUUACACUUGGCAAGGCAACUAGAAGCUAAAGGAAAGUUCAAAAUCGCUGAAGUCCACUUCAUAGCCUCGGGCGAUUGGAAGUCGGCCGUGCAUAUGUACUGCUCAUCUGGUCGUUGGGAAGAUGGUUAUCGUGUGGCUAAACAGAAAGGCACAGAAGGUGCAAGCAACCAGGUAGCUUACAUGUGGGCGAAGUCGAUGCCGAUCGAGAGUGCUGUACGCUUGCUAACCAAGCUUGGUUUGCUAGACACUGCUGUAGGCUUUGCAUGCGAUUCUGGGCAAUUUGAUUUCGCCAUGGAUCUUUGUCGAUUGUCCGGUAAAUCCACCGAUGAGGUUCACAUGAAAAUCGCUAUGUCUUUGGAAGAUGAAGGCAAGUUUGAGGAAGCUGAGGCUGAGUUCCUCAAAGCGAGUAAGCCAAAAGAGGCCAUACUAAUGUACACGCAUGCAGGUGAUUGGAAAGCGGCUCUAAACGUAGCCGAGUUACAUCUGCCAGAGGCAGUGAGUGAUAUAUUGAUUGGACAAGCGUCUGCUGCAUUAGACACACGUAACUAUCCCGAUUAUGAGGCAUUACUGAUUCGUGCACAACGUCCCGAUUUGAUAAUUGAACAUUACAAGAACGAGGGUAUGUUCGAUGAGGCACUGCGCAUAGCCGAGGAGCACUACCCUUCGGCAAUGAACGAUUUACGCCGUUUGCAGGCACAGGAGCAACGCCGUAAUAACGAACGAUUUGAUGAUUCGCGCGCUUAUUUACAGAAAGCAGCUGAAUUCGCCAAGCGUGAGGAGUUUCGCAAAGCCGCCGAAUGUCUCAUGCAAAUCGACUCAACAAAUACAGACGAUGUGACCGCUGUGGAACGCGCUCUGGUAAGAGCGGCCGAAAUAUGUAAUCAAUUUUUGGAGGGCAAAGGUGCAAUCGAAGUAGCAACGCAGCUUGGGCCCCGCCUGUUGCAAAUCAAACAAAUCGGUCCAGCCGCCCAGCUGUAUUUAGCCGCUGAUAUGCCCAAAGAGGCUGUAGAGGUAUUCAUACGCGCCGAGCAAUGGUCAAAGGCGCGGCGUUUAGCUAAGGAACUAGACCCCGAGCUAAUGACCUACGUGGAGCAGCAGCAAAAGUCGCGGCUCAAGACCGAAGGCAACGUAGAGCAAUUGGCUGAUAUAGACAUAAUGAGCGCUUUGGAUAUGCUAGCCGAACAAGGUCAAUGGCUUCGUUGUAUCGAUAAGGCCAAACAAAUCAAUCUAGCGGUUUUACAAAAAUACGUCGCUCUUUAUGCCGCCCAUCUUAUACGCAAAGGUGACUGUCUGACUGCGUUGAACCUCUAUCUAACCUAUGGGGCGCCACCAAUGGAGGCCAAUUUCAACAUUUACACUCGAAUAGCAAUGGAUUGUUUUGCUUUGCGCGAGGAACAGGCCAAGGAAGAUCAGUGGAGAAACUUGCGCGAUUUCCUAUACAAACUACUGAAGUCACUGCAAUCCUCUGAGCACGCACAAUCACAAAUCAUCAACAAUAUUGACAAAUUUUUGAUAAUUAGUCAUUACUACGCUGUGCGUUCCGCUUGUAGGCCUGUACAGUCCUUACACCCGAUAGCUGCUCGUAUUUCCAUUGCUCUGCUGCGCUACACGGAUAUAAUACCGGUAGAUAAAGGUUUCUAUGAAGCUGGAAACGAUUUGCGCAAUGCUGGUCGUGAGGCAGAAGCUUUUGUUAUGCUCAACCAUUACCUGGACGUGUGCGAAGCCAUUGAGGAAGGUUCUGGACACCUUGUAGAUCAUUCUGAUUUGGCAGCUACAGAUUUUCCAAGGUCAGUACCAUUGCCGGAAGACUUGCAUCUAAAGAACGAUCCCAAUCUACAUGAAGAAAUACGCGAAUGGGUGCUAGCGAUAAGCAUGGAUCAGCAGGUGGAUCAGGUGCUACCUACCGAUGACCGUGGCCUAUACGAGUCAGCUUUAGGACUAGACGAACAACCUUGUAUACUGAGCGCUUACCCUGUACGUAGCCGACAGCCCGUCACUUUUCAGUCGUCGAGUCGCCAAGCUAAUCGUGACGUUUGGAGCAAAUUUACUGUAGCACUCAAGAUGUCGCCUGGCAGCAAAGUGGCAGACAUAAUCGCAUUCGUUGAAAAGUGGAAUGGUCAGGCCAAUUCUUCUAUGCAUUAAACAGAAAUUAAUAGCACAUUUUUACGUAAGCUUAAUACGCUAAUCGUGUUUUCUCACUGCACAAUUUGCAAUAUUCUUGACAUACCCUACAUA